AUGAAUGCCAAGAGAUGUCCUUCGUCUGUGCAGCUAGACACUUGGGGCCCUAUCUUCACUGGUCUCACGGUGUCAACAAGUUGUGAGCACCACUCUGUUAUUCUUGGUUCUGGCUCUGGAAUUGAUCCUUCGGAGAGGAGCAUUUUGGGGGAUACGCUGGUGAGCCUGCCCGGCAUCCAGGAGCUCUUUGGGGUGUCAUCCCUGUCCUCUGCGCAACCUUCAUCUUAUGUUGUGUCUCUCUGA